AUGCCAUCAUCCAAAAGCGACACAGCAAUCCGCUAUCCCGAGCGUGCUGAUCAGCAGCGCCGAAUCCGUGGCGUGACCCAGGAUCGCAAAUGGGAGGCCCGAAUGCGCGAGAGAGCCGUGACAAACCCCGAGAUGGCGUCGAAUGCUACAGCAUGGGGACCCGAGUCUCAACUGGAACUCCAUAUGGACCAGGCAGGAAACCCUCAGCCGGAUCCGUCGCAGUUCAGUGAUGGGUAUAGGGCCUCGAGACAGGGGCUGGUGUCCAAAGGUCAGGACCACGACAUGGUCUCUGCUGCGAAUGAUGUCCCUUAA